AUGAGUUUCAGUAAUAAUCAAACGCAAUCUAAGUCAAUAGCUACGCCCGACAGAAGAAAGUAUUCGAUAUCAGAAGCUUUUGGGGUGGGCAGUUUUUCAUCAGCAUCGCCAAAUCCUUUUGAAUUCGGUGGAAGAAGUUAUGUAUUUUCGGGUAGCGUGAACAAUAUAAACUCCCCUGCUGUGCAUUCCGGUAUACAGGUACACGAGCAAACGGCUAACUUGGCCAGUAUUGGGGUAACCGAUGAUGAUAGCUAUGAAGAGGUUUAUGGAAGUCGGAGUGGAUCAGCAAGCGCUGUGGAAGAAGAUGCUUUUGAACAUAAAAUGAGCAGCUCGCCACCAAUUCCCAUCAAGGGUGCUGAGGCUGCCUUAAGCAAGCACUUUGGCAAGAGCGUCACAGGUGCCCAUGCGGCUGACAUUGGUUCUACUGGUUUAGAGACUGGCUCCACUGAUGCCUCCCCGUUGAUUCUUUCAAAUCAAUAUAAACCGUAUGGCAGCUCUGAAGUCGAAUCGUUACUGUUUACUAAUCCAUUCGGUAGUCACGACUCUGGUAAAGGAUCUAGCGGUACAAUUGACAGUGGCUAUGAAACCUUUGCCAAUAGUCACCAUCCACCAGAGACUUCGCAUUCGAAAUAUGAGAAGUAUAUCUUAAAGCCAGUGAAAUACCUACCAGCGGUUUUUCUUGGAACUUUGCUUAAUAUUUUGGAUGGGUUGUCUUAUGGUAUGAUUAUGUUCCCUAUCUCAGAAGCCAUAUUCGCUCAUUUAGCUCCCGCUGGAUUAUCCAUGUUUUAUAUGUCUACCAUCGUCUCUCAAUUGGUCUUUUCCCUUGGGGGAUCUGCAUUCAAAUCUGGAAUUGGAUCUGAAAUGAUUGAGGUUACACCGUUUUUCCAUUCCAUGGCAUUCUCCAUCAUGAAUGACAUGGGUGGUGGGACUGAGAAUCAAGACGCAAUCAUCGCAACAACGAUUGUAACAUAUGCCAUAUCAUCUGUUGUUACUGGUAUGGUGUUCUUCAUUUUGGGUAAAUUGAAAUUGGGAGCUUUCGUAGGGUUUUUCCCAAGACAUAUUCUUGUUGGGUGUAUUGGGGGUGUUGGAUACUUCUUGGUAGUUACCGGAAUAGAAGUCAGCUCAAGGUUGGAAGGAGGUCUAUUCUAUGACUGGCCCACUUUCCAAUUUUUGUUCUUGGACCACUUAGCUCUUAUGCAAUGGACUAUACCUUUGUUAUUGGCAGUGGUAUUGAUUUUAUUGCAACAUAAGAUUCACAACUCCUUGCUUGUCCCACUUUUCUUUAUUGGGGUGUUCUUUGCUUUCCAUGUAAUUGUAGCAGUUGUCCCAUUCUGGGAUUUGAACUUGGCAAGAGAUGCAGGUUGGGUAUUUCCUGCUGUGGAAGACAAUGAACCUUGGUAUGGAUUCUACGAGUUGUAUAAGUUUCAAUUGGUUGAUUGGUGGUGUAUUUUAAAGCAAGUUCCAUCUAUGUUGGCCUUGACAUUUUUUGGUAUACUUCAUGUCCCUAUUAAUGUUCCUGCAUUGGCAGUAUCUGUGGGUAUGGAUCAAUUCGAUGUUGAUAGAGAAUUGGUUGCUCAUGGAUAUUCCAAUGCACUUUCUGGGCUCAUUGGUUCCAUUCAAAAUUAUUUGGUAUAUACUAACUCUGUUUUGUUUGUUAGAGCUGGAGCUGAUGAUAGACUUGCAGGUAUACUUUUGGCUGUAGCUACUGGUGCCGUCAUGAUGGCAGGACCAGUUGUUAUUGGAUACAUUCCUGUAUGUGUCGUUGGAUCAUUAAUUUACUUGUUGGGUUAUGAGUUAUUGAAGGAAUCCCUUUACGACACUUGGGGUAGAUUGAAAAGAAUAGAAUAUAGCACGAUUAUAAUAAUUGUUGUUGUUAUGGGAGCUUGGGACUUCGUUUAUGGUGUUCUCGUGGGGAUUUUGCUUGCAUGUUUAAGUUUCGUUGUUGAGGCAGCAAGAAGACCUGUGAUAAGCGGAAUUUAUACUGGUGUUGUAGCUCGUUCUACAGUUUUGAGACAUCCUAAGCAACAAGACUUUCUUAAGGAUGUUGGUAAUCAAAUCUGUGUAGUAAAGUUACAGGGAACUGUCUUCUUUGGCUCUAUUGGAGGAGCAGAGACGGAAAUUCGUACCAGAUUUGACGAUAAGGAAUUCAAUGAAACACCAAUUAAGUUUUUAAUCUUGGAUAUGAGAGGGGUUGUGUCUAUUGAUUUCUCGGCAGCCGAAGGUUUUAGAAGAAUUUUAAACUUGACCAACGAAAAGGAGACUCAAUUGAUCAUCUCAUCUGUUAACGACGAUGAUCUGAUUGUGAAGGCCCUUAGAGAUGCUGGAUUAUGGGAUAAUGAGAGUGAACUUUCGAUUCAGUUGUUUAGCACUUUAAAUUAUGCUUUGGAAUGGUGCGAGAAUUCUUUCUUGUCUACCUACAAGUCAAUAAAGAAGAAACAGCAGAAAAGUGUUCCAAAGGCGAUUCAACUUGGAAGCAGCCCUGGAAGUGGAAACAAUACUAGAGGAAAGUCAAAUUCUUUGCAUAAGCCACUGAUGAUUUCACAAUUUGAAGGCACCUUCGGUACUCCACGUACCACUCAAGUGGUUCAAGCUGCAACAAGAACAGCAACUGAUGAACAGAAAAUGCAAAAUAGAUACUACUCUGUCUCAGAUCUGUCUUUCAAAAAGCAACCACUUCCGUUAAUCAUGAUUACAUUUGCAGGACUCUCUUCAAAAAAUGAAGAAUUUUGGUCCAAUUUGACUCAAUAUUUUAUCAAAGAACAAAUACCAGAGGGUGUUACGUUUUAUGCUACCGCUGUGGAUACACCAGCAUUCUUUUUAGUAGAAAGCGGAUUGGUUCGUUCUAUAUUAAAGUUUGAGAACGGAAAUGGACGUGAAUUGCAUUCUUCAAUUUUACCUUUAACUGCAUUCGGUGAUUUAUCAGAUAAUUCUGCUGGUCUGUCGUACAGCGAAAUCACCUAUACCACUGCAAGUGAUUCCAUUCUUUGGAGACUUAACGAAGAAAAGCUACAGCAAUUAGCAAAGAAGCCAGAAGGAGAAGCCUUAGUGAAUGAAUUAUUGAGAAUCCAGACAAAAUUGGGUAAAGAAAGGUUCGAUACUAUGACAGCUAAUUUGGUGAUCAGUGCAUAA